AUGACUAUAGAGCUGCUAGACCAGCAAGGAAGACCACCCAAUGCGUCAAGAAUAAAAUAUCAAAAUUAUGUGGUUAACGAAUUGCUAGAAAAAAUUGAUCAACGUUCGAAAAUUCUAACAAGUAACAAUACUACAAGCCAAGAUGGUGAUAUGUUGAUCUUGACAAAUGAACGAAUUGAAAAAGAAGGAGAAUCAAAUUUAAAAUACUUAACAUAUUAUGUAUCACCAAUACCAUCAACAACAACUGUACCAGAUGACUAUCAUGAAACCAAUUCAUAUAUAAAUAAUUUAACAUCUGAUGAUUAUAUACAAUAUUGUUUAAGAAUUCGACGUCAAACAGGUCAAGUUUCGCUUAUUCACGCUGGUGUCAACGAUAUUUAUAAUCCUUCACCAUUAGAAUGUAGCUUUACUAAAGAUAAAUUAAAUUCGACGAAAUUAGAAUAA